GUAGGGUGGGUGAGGUGUGAUACAGUAAACAGAUUAGGCUCAAUACAUAUUGUUUGGAGUUCGCGGAUGGUAAGAGCUGCUGUUGCAUUGCGGUAUUGGGGUAAAGUUUUCCCUUUGUUUUACUAACGUGCUUAAAAAAAAAAUAGUGAUGCGUCAUUGUACCGCGCUCUUGUCUUUCAUCAAGACAACCUCCUCAUUGUUACUUCCGAUCGCUGCAACGACAACUGCUAAUGUUACUUACACACUCACAGAGCGCUCUUUCCUGCGAAAACUUAUCCCAUUCCGAAUCAUCGCCACUGGCUCGAUGGCAUCUGUGCUGCGACAUGUUUUCCUUGAGCACGAAUCCCUUAUUGCACUCUUUCUGGGAUCGCUGGAGCAUGUACCUUUGCCAACGCUACCGCGCAUGCUCCUCGCGGAAGGUUUUCAACGACUGCUUGAAGGUAUUUAUCCGCAGCGUGAAUUACGCGGAUUAUUUGAAGAAGCUGAAAUAGAGAUUCGAAAGAUCCUGUAUGAUUUAGAUUUUGAUGCUACCGGGAGACGUGGUGUAUAUAAACAGACAUCUUCCACUUUUAGUUCGGAUGAACUCAGAGCAUACAAUGCUGUGCAGAUUGAUCCACUAACGCGGUUACUUGCCUUUGAGUUACGCGCCGUGUGCGUGUACUACAGCAAACUCUUAGCGGUAUCUAGCAAGCCUGAGAUUGAAGCUGCGGUAAUGUUGCGCACGCUUAUUGCUUCGGAUUUACGCACAGAUUGUUUGCUCACUGACGUUAUCUUGGCCUUCGAACAGCACCAAAGAGACAAGUACACUGGAAAACCUCUUGAACCAGUGCCGUCAGGUGUGGCAGAUUUUGUUAAGGAGUCUUUGCUUCUUGAACGCGACGCCUUUGGGAAGUUUCGCUUUGAUGCUCGAGGUGAUAAUCGGCACUUGCUCCAUAACAUCAAGCUGGAUGAUGUUACCAAGACACAGGAGUCGUUUAGUCUCUUGCUGGACCCAGUAUUACAGCGGAACGGAAACUUUAUAUUGAAGAAUUACCUUGUUUAUUCUGGACGAUGGACGCGGUAUGAGGUUUCAUGUAGUGAAGAGGAUCCCCGUGUUGAUUUAAUCCUGCCAGCAGUUGAGACGCUAAGUGUACGAGAUGACAUGACUGGAAAGCCGUCCCAGAUCAUAGUACAGUAUACGGAGCCAGUGUGCCGCCGCCACAAGACUAAUGCUCGAGAAAGCAAGGCGAACCUCGAUCAUGUAGAGAUUUUUGAAAUCGCAAACGAGAACCGAAACCGCACUUUCUGGGAAAAAUUUUUCAUGGACCGCUAA